AUGGCCGGCCUCAACGAAUCCCCUUCGCCCUUCCUCAAACGCCUUGCCGUGCCUGGCGUGUGCCUGUUAAUCGCCUUCCUUGCCUACACUUCCCAGCUCCUCUUCUACGUUGCCGAUGACUCCCUCGCACCCGGCCGCCUCUCUCGCUCCCAGACCUAUACCUUCAACAUCCUACUUCUUUGCCUUUGGUACACCUACUACAAGUCCUGCACCGUCGACCCGGGCCGCUAUGCCUUCCGCGACGCCGUCAUCGAGGUCCCCGAGCCGGACGAGCACGGCCUCCUGCGCCGCUGGUGCAGGAAGUGCGCCGCACCCAAACCUCCGCGCGCGCAUCACUGCCGGCAUUGCGCGCGCUGCAUACCACGCAUGGACCACCACUGCCCAUGGACGGCAAACUGCGUAUCCCUCACCACCUUCCCGCACUUCCUCCGCUUCCUCUUCUACACGAACGUAUCCCUCUGGUACCUCGGCCGCCUUCUCUACCUGCGCUUCGCCGCCAUCUGGGAGAACCGCAUGCUCCCCUCCUACCUCGGCCCCUCCCUCCCCGUCCUCGUGCACUUGACGAUCCUCUCCCUGGUCUGCUUCUUUACCUCUUUCGCCCUGGGGAUUCUCUUCUUUUCCACCGUCCGCAGCUGGGUCCUGAACGAGACCAUGAUCGAGGGCUGGGAGCUCGACCGCCACGCCGCCGUGUGCGACCGUCGAGACCGCCUGGACGGGAGUGCGGGGGAGUUCUGGUCCAUCACGGGCGCCGACGGGAAGAAGGUGCGGUUUGGCAAGGUGGAGUUUCCUUAUGACAUUGGGAUCUAUGCGAACCUGGCUCAGGCCAUGGGCACCUCGAACCCACUGAUGUGGGUGUUACCAUUCGCGGGGAACCCAGAUAUAAGUAAAGAUGGGAGGGGCGUGGGCUGGGAGUGGCCGGAGAACGGCCUGAACCAUAAAGAAGGCAUGUGGCCGCCGCCAGACCCGAAUAAAGUGCGUCAUUCUGCGCAGGGCGGCUGGCCUGCCGCGCGGGAUGCGGAGAGUAUACGGGUGCCGCGGUACGGAAGCAAAGAAGAGGAGCUAGAGGCGUUUAAGACGCGGCAGGAGGCGGAUCUGCGGCGGUGGCAGGGUCAGCGGUCACAGUUGAUGGCGGAGUUGGAGGAGGUGGAUGACUACGACCUCAUAGAUGACGACUCUGAGGACGGGUAUGAGCAGGGCGCGGAUGGAGAACCCGGAUGGACGAACGCUGAUGGUGAGCGGUUGCAAGAUUUCGGAGUCGAUGAGGACGAGGACAUGACUGACGAGGCCGACGACGAUGUACCACUUGCUGAACUACUGCGCCGGAGAAAAGUCCUGCAAAAGGAUGGGGAGGACUAA